AUGUACUUCCCUAGCUCUGCAGCAAGGCAGCUAUCCACAGCGCCAGCUCUCCCAGUUGCUAGUGAGCCGGUCAUCUGCCUGUCGCCAAGUCCUCGAAAGAGCCUCUUCUGCACCCUGACCAAGGGCGGUCUGUCUGCAUGGCGUGUCAGACCUUCCGCAGUGCUGGCGCACCUGGCGCGGACGCCAACGUCUUUGAGUGAGCACGGAGAGAAUGUGUCAAUGAGCUGGUCGCCGAACGGCAGGAACAUUGUCAUCCAGACUGCACGGUCGUAUCUGGUCAUUGUCACGGUCGACUAUGACCCUCAAGAGAUACCCUACCAGCCACCGCAGCUUGCACCGAGCGCACAGCGCCAUUUCCUCCCGGGUCCUGGGGAGGCGCUCCCAUUCCAAUCUAUCGGACUACAUCUCGAAGGGGUUGUUCGGUUGGAGGGAACCCUUCUGAGUGUACUGCCCCGUAAUGGGUACAUUCUAUUCACGACCAAGAGCCCAUCAACAGUUCAGCGUAUCCCUUGGCCGGGGAUGCAGUCAGCGGAAGAUCAAUGCGCGACUUGGUACUUGAACGACGAAGACUUCCCCUGGCUCGUCGACUCGGAUGUAUGUGUCACGAAGAUGGUGUACUCGAAGGCCACUGGCAUUGAGACCUGGGUGACCUCAGACGGGAGAGCCUACCUUGUUCAACUUGAUUCCAGUGAAGCAGACUAUCCCAGGGACUCGCUGUCAAAUGCUAGCCAAGACUCACAGCAGCUGCAAAGCCGUAGGGAUUCGCAAGAGAGCACUCGCGAGCAUCCGGAAGCGCGGUGGCAGGGCACUUGCAUACACAAUGUAGAGCCCCCACGGUGGGUCCAGAAGCGUCGGAGGCAGGAUCCUGGCGAGCUCAGGGACGGCGAAUACCCGUACGACGAGCCAAGACGUGUCAUGACCGUCGGAAUGAAUACCGGUUUUCUCUCAUUGCCACCGUGGGACUGUGGAGCUUACAGGAUUUCCCUCCGAGGACGGCCCUCUUCAAAUCCCCAAGUCCUCCAGAUACCCAACAUGUACGCCCGAGAAGGCACAGGCCCUGUGCUCUCCAUGGAGUGGAGCUCUGACGGAUACGUUCUUGCUGUUGGUUGGGAGAAGGGUUGGGCAAUAUGGAGCGUAGGCGGACGCUGUCUGGCUUGGGGCUUUGGGGUCGAGUACGAAGUCGAUCCGGAAAAAUUUCAGGAUUCGUUCAUGUACGGUGUCACAGACCUGUUCUGGGCUCCGGGGAACUUCGAACUGGUGGUGCUGGCAAAGCCUGCCCCUGACAAGACCGAUGGACAGCUCUUUGUGAUACCAUUCGCCAAGAGUGCAACUACUGGGCAGCAUUCACCGGACAAUACGCAAUACGCUUUUCUCCAGAUGGACGACCGGGUCCUGGUCUACCGUGGCGCAGACCAGCCUGACAUGAGUGUGAUCAACCCUGAAUCCGACGUCUGGCAGCAUGUUAAGAUUCCCCAUGCAUACCUGUCAGCAAAUUGGCCCAUUCGCUACUCAGCCUUGAGCGCAGACGGACGGCUCAUCGCUGUCGCUGGCCGACGCGGUCUCGCCCACUACAGCACAACAUCUGGACGGUGGAAGCUAUUUGCGGAUGACCUGCAAGAACAUGCAUUCGCGGUGAAGGGCGGUCUGCUUUGGUUCCACCACGUCUUGAUCGCUGCCGUGGACGUGGCAAACUCGUAUCAGAUUCGGUUAUAUUCCCGUGAUCUGGAGCUGAGCAACCAGAACGUGCUGCAUCGAGAGAUCCUCACUACCCCUGUGGUUGUUCUCUCUUUGGUGGACAACUCGCUGCUUGUCUAUACGGCAGACAAUACACUACACCACUACCUGAUCAUUCCGACGGCCGAGACCAUCAAGCUUCACCAGUGUGGGAGCAUCAGCUUUGCUGGCGUCAUAUCCGUACCUGGGGCUGUAAGGUCAUUGAGCUGGAUGAUACCGAGUGCUCAGAAACAACUGGGAGAUCCGGUAGAUGAUCUCGCGGUAGCAACAGUGUUGAUGAUUGUAGGCGGCAAGCUUGUCCUGUUCAGGCCCCGGAGGUCUGGUGAUAACGAAGUCAGAUACGACAUGCAGAUUUUAGCUGAUAAGAUUGAGUUCUGCUGGAUCCAUUUGCGGGGCAUUGGCACUCUUGAGAACUCGUUAUGGGGAUACGACGGGCAAGGAAUUCGUCUGUGGCUGAACGCCCUGAAUAUCGAAUCUGCUGUCGAAGCGGGCGUGUCCGGCUCACCUGGAGUCACGCGAGGGAACGUCAAGGAGAGCCUGAACAUCCCUCUGCAAUUCUAUCCGCUAUCUGUUCUCAUGGAUAAGGGCAUCUUCAUCGGCGUAGAGUACGAAGCAGCUACCAGAACCAACCUCUCAUUCACCAUGUUUCGGCAAGUCACUAGUUCACAUCUUUUCCUUCACCAUGUUUUACUCUACCAUCUGGAGAACGGCCAAGUCAGAGAGGCCAUCCUCUUUGCAUCGCAUUAUCAGCAUCUCGUGUACCUUGCGCACGCAUUAGAGAUGACAUUGCAUAAUGUGGUCGAAGAAGAUGCUACUCUGCAGGACGGGGAUGGUUCUGCCAAGCGGGAGCGCCUCUUGCCAGACACGAUCGAGUUUCUGGAUCAUUUUGACAUCUGUUUGGAUGUCGUGGUUGGAUGCGCGCGCAAAAUCGAAAUGACCAGAUGGGCCCGGCUAUUUGACGUCGUUGGCAACCCAAAAGAUCUUUUCGAGUUAUGUCUGUCAUCCAAUCGGCUCAAGACGGCCGGGUCGUACCUACUUGUCUUGCAUGGUCUUGAUCAACUGGACGCUGACGGGGUUGGCGGGGAUGCAGUACGUCUUCUUCGAAGCGCCAUUACAGUCAAAGACUGGCAACUCUGCCGGGAGAUCUUGAGGUUCUUGCAUUUUAUUGAUGAGACAGGUGGUGCGUUGCGCAAGGCGCUAUCGGAGGCGGAUGUGGUCCCUGCGUCCAAUGGUGCCAUCACCGUCAAUGGCAUUCACUAA